UCUCUAGGCUUACUUUCGCACAAACUCCGGUUCUGGAAGCAUGCGGCUCGACCUUCCAUGGAGACCAGCGCUGGUGAGUUUCUUUUGUGGCCUGGAGCUUCCAGUGGCCGCGCAGCACGUGCACACCGACGUCGAGGAUGCCGCGCUUUUGCAGCUGGCCGUCUCACCGGCGGACUCGUUGUGUGCUGCCUGCGACGUGGACCCCGCCGACCCCGCGGGCGAUCAAGAGCCGUGCCCGGCGACGGUCUUGGAGGCCAAGGCCUUCUUCCUGAACCGCUGCGAAGAGCUGGGUUGGAAGGCGGAGCGCUGCGCGGCUGAAGCCGACGACCUUUUUCGCCUCUCUCCAGUGGAGAAGCCCUUCAACGCGGAGCUUAUUUGUGCACCGCGCGGCCUUGCUGCUCUGGAUGCUGCCGAUCCGGAGCGACGGGCGGAGCGGCGCGAGGAGAGGCAGAGCAGGACGGGGACCAACCAAGCGACCCGCGAGCCGGUCGCCUCAAGCGUCCAGCCACGCCAGAGGAGGUACAGCUCGAACGAGAAGGACAAGACCAAGGAGGAAAACAACACGAUUGAUACGGAUAUCACGAGGAAGGAAGACAAGACGAAGGAGAUGACCCACAUCGUGGUGAAUAACACGGUGCUUGGGGACAACAACCGCAUCUACUUGGUGGCCGGGGAGGACAACAUCAUCGGCCACAGUGGAAAUGACGUGCCAGUGACCUUCACCAGUGGCAACUGGGUGAACUUUCCAUUCCAAAGCGGCAACGAUAUCAACGUUCCUUUCAACAACGGCAACGAUGUGAACGUCCCCUUCAACAAUGGCAACUCAGUACCCUUCAACAAUGGCAACACAGUAGAUGUGCCAGUUGGCAGCGGCAAUUAUGUACCUUUCAACAAUGGCAACACAGUAGAUGUGCCAGUCAACAGUGGCAAUUAUAUACCCAACAAGAAUGGCAACAAUGCAUAUGUGCCGGUCAACAGCGGCAACUAUGUGCCAUCCAAGAAUGGCAACAAUGCGUAUGUGCCGGUCAACAGCGGCAACUAUGUGCCAUCCAAGAAUGGCAACAAUGCAUAUGUGCCGGUCAACAGCGGCAACUAUGUACCCGUCAACAAUGGCAACAGCGUUAACGACAACAGUCGAGACAGCGUGGAGGUGAAGAGAAAGCAAGAGAGCAGCGUUGAAGGCAAUGACAAUGUGGUUGACCAGAAGUCUGGUGCUGUGAAUGCCUCCACCGGGUCUCUCACAGCAUCCUCCUCGACCAACUUGGAGAAGUCUGUGGAGGGUCCUCCCAGGUCGCUGCGGACCAGCAGCUCCCAAGGAUUGCCGGCGGGUGCUGAAGCAGGAGCGCAGCCAACUGCGCCUGUCGGCGCUGCAGAAGGAUCGAUGCCGGGCGCUGCAGUUUCACCUGCAGAUGUUCCAGAAGGAUUGAUGCCCUGGGGCCCUGAAGCGGCUGGAGAGCAACCAUUUGUGCCUGCAGAUGUUCCAGAAGGAGUGAUGCCAUGGAGAGCCGAAUCAGCUGGAGUGCAACCAGCCGCACCUGCAGACGUUCCAGAAGGAUUGAUGCCCUGGGGCCCUGAAGCGGCUGGAGAGCAACCAGUUGCGCCUGCAGAUGCUCCAGAAGGAGUGAUGCCAUGGAGAGCCGAAUCAGCUGGAGUGCAACCAGCCGCACCUGCAGACGUUCCAGAAGGAUUGAUGCCCUGGACCCCUGAAGCAGCUGGAGAGCAACCAGUUGCGCCUGCAGAUGUUCCAGAAGGAUUGAUGCCAUGGGGUCCUGAAGCUGCAGUGGCUGGGACUGCGCCGGGAGCAGACGCAGGUGCCGAAGCGGCUGGAGUGCAACCAGCUGCGCCUGCACACAUUCCAGAAGGAUUGAUGCCAUUGGGUGACAAAGCAGCUGGAGUGCAACCAGCUGCACCUGCAGACAUUCCAGAAGGAUGGCCGGCAUUGCCGCGUGCGAAACAAGCACCUGGAGCGCAACCUGCGGCUGCAACUGAAGGUCCCUCCCAGCGCUUCGCCGACGCGCUCCGGAGGGCCCCUCCACCGGCGGCGCCCGUUGACGUCGCGCACGACGUGCACGUGGCCCAAAGCGGCCCAGCGCCACACCGUGGCAGCGAGGCAGGGAAGCACAAGGCGGCCCAGCGUCGACUGCAUAAGUAAGCCAAAGAGCUGGUAGUUCGUUGAGCUGGUAGGCCCUAACAAGGGCCCAACAAAGACCGGUUUCACAUGGGCUUCGAGGUCGAUCAGUACCAGUGUUUUGUGAAGGUAUUGCAAUGUUCCUGGGGGAUUAUGAGGGAUUGCGAACCUGGCUUUCUUCUGGCCGAG